AUGGACUAUCUCUCGAUGCCCGCAAUUCGUGCCGACGAAAAGAGCGUCGGUAAGGACAACGACGCUAACCUUCCUUCGCCCGUUGUCUCCACGGAGCGCCGUCGUCCUAAUCGCUUGCCAAUCGCGCUGGCCUGUGCCUCCGUCGUCUUCGCCCUCUUCUUCGUCGGCCGCCGCUGUGGAUGGCACCUCCCCGCACAACAAGAGAUAUCACCGCCCUCGGAGCUGGCGUCGGUGGAUGAACAGGCCAUAGAGGUCGAGCCUCUGCGAGUGCCCCCUGCAGAACCUGUGCCGGGUGCCGUAGUAGACAUCAGUCGCAGCGUCUGGCGUGGCUCGAUAUUCUUCGAUGGCGCUUACAUCAAUCCGACCGAUGAGUCCUGUCUCUCUGCGUGGGACCCCACAUCGCACGAACCAUCCCGUAUCGUCACCCCGAUGGGCUUGCGGCGCUUUCAUGCGACAAGUCAGUUCACCCUCCGACACGACGUGCACAAAUAUGUCGUUGAUAGCGACAUCUACAUGGACAGCCCUGGCAUGCAGCUCCACGUCGUCUCUGGAUCAGAAGGGCAGACGACAGUCAGCAUCGACGCAUUCUACGACGACCCGGACGCACUGAGUCCCUUCUCUGCGUGCACAUACCGUGCAGACGAGACCGAGGAGAUACUAUCGCAGCAAAGGAUGUUCGUCGAGUCCAAUGGGACCACUACGACGCAGACGCUCGAAUACGAUCCCGAUGCCUUGCAGAAGUCGGACGUCUUCAGGUUACACCGCCGGGAGACAAACGACACAGAGAGGGAAGCCAGUAAAGAUAUAUGGUUCAACAUCACGCUCUCCAUCCCGUCAGGCGAUCGGGCGUACGCGCUACGCACGGACGGAUACGAUGUAGAUCUUUACGCCGGAGUCGUUCUCGGCAACGUCAUGUUGGGUGGUGGACGUAUAACUGCUCAAGCAGGGUUCAUGGCACGCCAGCUGAACCUCAACUCGCGUGACGGCGGAAAACACGACGGCGUCUUCGGUCAUUUUUCCUCGAGCGGGAAUGUCAGCAUCACAGGGAUACAUGCCCCCAUCGACGCGCGCGUCGAGAUAACCCACUCUCUUGAUCACCAAGUGCAGACCGUUUCCAUAUUCACCUAUGGGUCGUCAUCUAAGACAAGCUUGCUAUUCAUAGGCCCUUCGAGGAAAGAGGAACACAACAGCUUCAAGGUUGACGCCAGAUCGCUCGAGGGUUCUUUGGAUCUUGCUAUUGAGGAUGGUUCGACCUACGCGACGGUCACCAUCGACGCUGAAGCCAGGAACGGCCCCGCGCACCUCUCUCUCGACUCGGCGUUUGAAGGCACAUUCGUAGCGAAGACGAUAGACUCUGACGAGUCGGAGGCUGCCGGUGCCAGCUAUUCCUACGCCGAGCUGUAUCCAGGUCGUGUGCGGGUAUAUCAAAGGCCCUUGAGAACGCGCCACAUCCAUGCUGGUGCGGUAGCAUGGGGCAGUGAAGAUGCCGCUGCAAGUGCGUCGAGUUACGCUGAGAUUCGCAGCCACCAGCGCUCGGCGAUGAUUGAUGUUUAG